AUGAUGUCCUCGCUCAUUGUUCCUUCUGACGGCCCACCGCAGGGUCCCAUCUCCCAUGAUGCGUGGCAGAAGCGGUUCUUCAGCGUCGCGCCCCCGGCGGCGCUGGUCUUCUUCUUCGUGCUGAUAUUCGUCGCCGGUGCAAUUGUCACGCUCGAUCAUAAGGAGAGUGUGUCCAUAUUGCAGUUGCAACCAAAAGGAGUGAUUGCAGCAGUGGAGAUGAGGCCUCCGGCGACUAGCGAGCUGAGGCCUUCAGCGACGAGCGAGCUGCGCGCUGAGCCAGCAGAGGAACUCGACAUCUGUGAGAAUAAAUGUAGACCUCCAGGCAGCGAGCCCUUGCCGAGGGGCAUCGUUCAGGACAAGUCCAACUUCGAGAUGGAGUCGCUGGGUGGCAACCCUGAACGGAAGGAGAACGGCAGCGGCAGGCAGUCGAAAAGCCUCCUCGCCAUCCCCGUCGGCAUCAAGCAGAAGGCGGUCGUCGACAAGCUCGUCUCCAAGUUCCCGGAGGCCAAGUUCACCGUGAUGCUGUUCCACUACGACGGCGAGGUGGACGGGUGGCGAGACCUCGAGUGGUCGGGCCGCGCGAUCCACGUCGCCGUGCGCGACCAGACCAAGUGGUGGUUCGCCAAGAGGUUCCUGCACCCGGACUUGGUGGCGGAGUACGACUACGUCUUCAUCUGGGACGAGGACAUCGAGGUGGACAGCUUCGACCCGCUCAGGUACCUGCGGAUCGUGAGGAAGGAAGGGCUCGAGAUCUCGCAGCCGGCGCUGGACCGCCGGUCGCAGAUCCACCACCGGCUCACGGCGCGCGCGCGGAGCGGCGACGUCCACCGGCGGUACUACAAGACGAACGGGCACGGCAGGUGCUACGGCAACAGCACGGGCCCGCCGUGCACGGGGUGGGUGGAGAUGAUGGUGCCCGUGUUCUCGCGCGCGGCGUGGCGGUGCGCGUGGCACAUGAUCCAGAACGACCUCGUCUACGCGUGGGGGAUGGACUACAAGCUCGGCUACUGCGCGCAGGGCGACCGGAGCCGCAACGUUGGCGUCGUCGACAGCCAGUACGUGCUCCACAGGGGCAUCCCCACGCUCGGCGACGGCGGCAAGGCGACGGUGUCGGCGUCGGCGUUGGGGACCGAUCGGUUAGCGGUGAGGCAGCGGUCCUACACCGAGCUGCAGGUGUUCAACAGGAGGUGGAAGAAGGCCGUGGCGGAGGACGGGUGCUGGACCGACCCUUACCUGAACUCGGCGGCGACCACCGGCUGA